AUGUGUAGUAAAUUUCGAGGUCUCGUGGGCUUACCCUAUCGUUCAGACAAAGAGUUUAAUAAACAAAUUGACGAAGAAAUGGACAAAAUGGUAAAAUCACUGUCUGAACCGCUCGGUGUGCAACGAGUGCGCCGCCGCAAGGGUAUACCACUGCCGCCGCCUCCGCCGCCUCCUCUGCCUCCUGUUCCACUACUUCCCGAAGAAGGUCUAGCUAGACUAAAGGCAGCGCGAUCACUACAGGCUAUCCCUAGAGACAGGAGCCAUGUGGAAGGGGACAAACAGCUCGCCAGGUCUAUAUUAUUGGAGCGCAAACUCAGGGGAGAAAAUGCCUACAUCGCGCCUGAUGGACCAGUGGGUUCGGAUCCUUACUUCAGAACAAGCAAAAUCACCAGCCUGAACUUCUUCAACUUUAACGACUUCAUCAAAAAACAUGAGAAAACUGUCGUCAUAUUUUACAAUUCACUGAAAAAUGAGACCUUUUUCCCAUCAAGAGAGUUUGCCAAUGCUGCAAUGAGAUCAACAAACGACAAGCACGCCUAUGCUGCCGUCAACUGUUCGGUCGACUCCGAACUCUGCUGUAAACAUCAGAUCAGCAAAAUGCCCACGCUGAAACUUUUCUCCAACGGUUUCUACGUCAGCACUGUUGCUAUCCCUGACGCCUUCACGGCCGACCAGAUCAACCUACUAGUCAACAUGACGCCCGUGCUGACGCAACCUAGACCUGAACUGCCACCCAGGAAAAAGUUGUUCUAG